AUGGCCAGGCAGCAGCAGCCGCCGCCCUGGGUCCACGCAGCCUUCCUGCUCUGCCUCCUCAGCCUCAGCGGGGCCAUCGAGAUUCCUAUGGAUCCAAGCAUUCAGAAUGAGCUGUCCCAGCCCCCGACCAUCACCAAGCAGUCAGUGAAGGACCACAUCGUGGAUCCCCGUGAUAACAUCUUGAUUGAGUGUGAAGCAAAGGGGAACCCGGCCCCCAGCUUCCACUGGACUCGCAACAGCAGGUUCUUCAACAUCGCCAAGGACCCCCGGGUGUCAAUGAGGAGGAGAUCCGGGACCCUGGUGAUCGACUUCCGCAGUGGGGGGCGGCCCGAGGAAUAUGAAGGGGAAUACCAGUGCUUUGCCCGGAACAAAUUUGGCACGGCCCUGUCCAAUAGGAUCCGCCUGCAGGUGUCCAAAUCUCCCCUGUGGCCCAAGGAAAACCUAGACCCUGUCGUGGUUCAAGAAGGUGCUCCCUUGACCCUCCAGUGCAACCCCCCACCCGGACUUCCGUCCCCAGUCAUCUUCUGGAUGAGCAGCUCCAUGGAGCCCAUCACCCAAGACAAGCGCGUCUCCCAGGGCCACAACGGAGACCUGUAUUUCUCUAACGUGAUGUUGCAGGAUAUGCAGACAGACUACAGCUGCAACGCCCGCUUCCACUUUACCCACACCAUCCAGCAGAAGAACGCGUUCACCCUCAAGGUCCUCACCACCCGAGGAGUUGCAGAAAGGACCCCCAGCUUCAUGUACCCCCAGGGCACGGCAAGCAGUCAGAUGGUACUGCGUGGCAUGGACCUCGUGCUGGAGUGCAUCGCCUCCGGGGUCCCAACACCAGAUAUCGCGUGGUACAAGAAAGGUGGGGACCUCCCAUCAGACAAGGCCAAGUUUGAGAACUUUAACAAGGCUCUGCGCAUCACCAACGUCUCCGAGGAGGACUCUGGAGAGUAUUUCUGCCUGGCCUCCAACAAGAUGGGCAGCAUCCGGCACACGAUCUCGGUGAGAGUAAAGGCUGCUCCCUACUGGCUGGACGAACCCAAGAACCUUAUCCUGGCUCCUGGCGAGGACGGGAGACUGGUGUGUCGAGCCAAUGGGAACCCCAAGCCCACCGUCCAGUGGAUGGUAAACGGGGAACCUUUGCAAUCGGCACCACCCAACCCAAACCGCGAGGUGGCCGGGGACACCAUCAUCUUCCGGGACACCCAGAUCAGCAGCAGGGCUGUGUACCAGUGCAACACGUCCAACGAGCACGGCUACCUGCUGGCCAACGCCUUCGUCAGUGUGCUGGACGUGCCCCCUCGGAUGCUGUCACCCCGGAACCAGCUCAUUAGGGUGAUCCUGUACAACCGGACGCGGCUGGACUGCCCGUUCUUUGGGUCUCCCAUCCCCACACUCCGAUGGUUUAAGAACGGGCAAGGCAGCAACCUGGAUGGUGGCAACUACCAUGUCUAUGAGAACGGCAGCCUGGAAAUCAAGAUGAUCCGCAAAGAGGACCAAGGCAUCUACACCUGCGUCGCCACCAACAUCCUGGGCAAAGCUGAAAACCAGGUCCGCCUGGAGGUCAAAGACCCCACCAGGAUCUACCGGAUGCCCGAGGACCAGGUCGCCAAAAGGGGCACCACGGUGCAGCUGGAGUGUCGGGUGAAGCACGACCCCUCCCUGAAGCUCACGGUCUCCUGGCUGAAGGAUGACGAGCCCCUUUACAUCGGAAACAGGAUGAAGAAGGAGGACGACUCCCUGACCAUCUUUGGUGUGGCUGAGCGAGACCAGGGGAGUUACACGUGCGUUGCCAGCACUGAGCUGGACCAAGACUUGGCCAAGGCCUACCUUACUGUGCUAGCUGAUCAGGCCACUCCAACUAACCGUUUGGCUGCCCUGCCCAAAGGACGGCCAGACCGACCCCGGGACCUGGAGCUCACCGACCUGGCCGAGAGGAGCGUGAGGCUGACGUGGAUCCCAGGGGACGAUAACAACAGCCCCAUCACAGACUACGUCGUCCAGUUCGAAGAGGACCAGUUCCAGCCGGGGGUCUGGCAUGACCAUUCCAAGUUCCCGGGCAGCGUCAACUCCGCCGUCCUCCAGCUGUCCCCAUACGUCAACUACCAGUUCCGGGUCAUUGCCAUCAACGAGGUGGGCAGCAGCCACCCCAGCCUCCCCUCCGAGCGCUACCGAACCAGCGGGGCGCCCCCUGAGUCCAAUCCCGCCGACGUGAAGGGAGAAGGGACCAGAAAGAACAACAUGGAGAUCACGUGGACGCCCAUGAAUGCCACCUCUGCCUUUGGCCCCAAUCUGCGCUACAUCGUCAAGUGGCGGCGGAGAGAAACCCGAGAGACAUGGAACAACGUCACAGUGUGGGGCUCCCGCUACGUGGUGGGGCAGACGCCUGUCUACGUACCCUAUGAGAUCCGGGUCCAGGCUGAAAAUGACUUUGGGAAGGGCCCUGAGCCAGACACUGUCAUCGGCUACUCCGGGGAAGAUUUACCCAGUGCCCCCAGGCGUUUCCGAGUCCGGCAGCCCAACCUGGAGACAAUCAACCUGGAAUGGGAUCAUCCAGAACACCCCAAUGGGAUCCUGAUCGGAUAUACUCUCAAAUACGUGGCCUUUAACGGAACCAAAUUAGGAAAGCAGAUAGUGGAAAACUUCUCUCCCAAUCAGACCAAGUUCACGAUGCAAAGAGCAGACCCCGUGUCGCGCUACCGCUUUACCCUCAGUGCCAGGACGCAGGUGGGCUCUGGGGAAGCAGCCACAGAGGAGUCACCAGCACCCCCGAACGAAGCUACUCCAACCGCAGCUCCUCCCACGUUGCCCCCGACUCCGGUGGGUGCGACGGGCGCUGUGAGCAGUACUGACGCUACUGCCACCGCUGCCACCACCGAAGCCACCACAGUCCCCACCAUCCCAGGUGUCGCACCUACCACCAUCGCCACCACCACCACCACCGCCGCCACAACUACAACCACUGCCGCCGCCGCCGCCACCACGGAGAGGCCUCCCGCCACCACCUCCGGGACUAAGAUGCCCGAAUCCGCCCCCGACAGGCAGUCCAUAUGGAACGUCACGGUCCUCCCCAACAGUAAAUGGGCCAACAUCACCUGGAAGCACAAUUUCGGGCCCGGAACUGACUUUGUGGUUGAGUACAUCGACAGCAACCAUACGAAAAAAACUGUCCCUGUUAAGGCCCAGGCCCAGCCUAUACAGCUGACAGACCUCUAUCCCGGGAUGACAUACACGUUGCGCGUUUAUUCCCGGGACAACGAGGGCAUCAGCAGUACCGUCAUCACCUUUAUGACCAGUACAGCUUACACCAACAACCAGGCGGACAUCGCCACCCAGGGCUGGUUCAUCGGGCUCAUGUGCGCCAUCGCCCUCCUGGUACUGAUCCUGCUCAUUGUCUGUUUCAUCAAGAGAAGUCGAGGUGGCAAGUAUCCAGUGCGAGAAAAGAAGGAUGUUCCCCUUGGCCCUGAAGACCCCAAGGAAGAGGAUGGCUCCUUUGACUACAGUGAUGAGGACAACAAGCCCCUGCAGGGCAGCCAGACGUCCCUGGACGGCACCAUCAAGCAACAGGAGAGUGACGACAGCCUGGUGGACUAUGGCGAGGGUGGCGAGGGGCAGUUCAAUGAGGACGGCUCCUUCAUCGGCCAGUACACGGUCAAAAAGGACAAGGAGGAGACAGAGGGCAAUGAAAGUUCGGAGGCCACGUCACCUGUCAACGCCAUCUAUUCUCUGGCCUGA